GUAGUUUUGAGCGCUUGCCAUCAACAAUAACUGUAAGGACGAGCUGUCAAGUUUUGAAAGGAUACCGAUAGGUCAGUAUCACGACAAAAGAACCUUCGGGUUGAUGUGGAAGGUCAGAGAUGGUUCAAGACAGUGCACAGAUUCGGCGGCGAGGAGCCCAGGAUUUCAUGUCAUACUAUGAGUUUGCCUGUGCCAGACAGGAGUCAGUCCCUCUUCCUGCUGUUAAGAUGAACCUCGAGAAAGGGAUGUUGGACUUCAAUGGGGACAGAGUCAAACUGACAGACUGGCCGCCCAUUCUUAACUCUGUUUCCAUUAACAAACACUUGCACCACAUUGCAAUAAGUAGCACAUAUCAAGCUAGCCUGGGCUCUGGAGAUGCGGACAGGAGAUUCUAUAAGUCUACAUUAAAGAAGAAGAUCCCAGCUAUUCGCUCUAAGGACAUGACUUUUAAGUUGUGCAAAGCCCUGAGAGACUGUAUGUCAGCAUCUUCCAACCUCAAGACUCUGCAGCUAAAUGGACUACCACUGAGAGAAAGAGAUCUCAUCAUCUUGACAAAGGGUUUUGCAAAAAGUGUUUCCUUGGAAAACCUAUCACUGGCGAACUGUCCAAUUAGUGAUGAGGGGCUGGAGGUCAUUUGCCAAAGUGUUAAGUAUUCUGCAUGCAUCAGGACCGUCGAUUUUACAGGCUGCAAUCUCACAUGGAGAGGGGCAGAGCAUAUGGCUAACAUCAUCAAGCACCAGGGAAUGCAGAGGCAUGGCACUGCAUGGGCAGAGUCUCUGAGGUAUCGUCAGCCACAGUUUGAGGGAAUGGGUGGCCUCAGGCGUAUCACCCUGAACUGUAAUACUUUGAUUGGAGACCGAGGUGCUGCUGCCCUUGCCAAUGAACUGACGGAGGACCUCUGGGUUAAAGCUGUAGAUCUACAGAGGUGCGGUCUGUCUAGUGAGGGAGCACGUCGUUUACUGGAAGCCUUGAAAACAAACUCUACUUUAUGUGUACUGGAUAUCCGUAAUAACCCUUUAGUUGACAAAGUCCUAAUUAAAACUAUAAUAGAGAAAGUACUUAUGAAUGCAGAUGGACAGUCGCAAGAGUAUUGCUGGAUCAAGCCUGCAGCCACAGAACCACAGAGAGCUGCACGUCAUAAGAGGCGACCACUGCCUGCUUCAGUGAGAGGAAAAGCUGCACUGAGGAUUGCUUCACAUAAAGUGUCUCCUGGAGGGCGGAGUUCAGGUGGAGCACAGCCACGGCUCAGCUCCCAUUCUAAUUAUGUGCCAUGGCGUGCUGCUGCACGGGCUGGACGCCAGAGAGGUUUACCUCCUGGAGCUGCUGUCUUAGACCAGAGUUUUGAGGGUGCAGCCACCGUGAAAGUUACUGUGGAAACAGAUUCAGAGGAGGAAGAUGAGGAGGGGGAAGAAGUAGUGGUGGAAGUGGAGCAGCGGUUGUCUCCUCUGAAUGUCCAUGACAGGAUCACUGGACGACAGUUUGAGCGUAUACAGAUGGAGCUAAAAGAAUGUCGUUUGAGGCUGGCAGAGGAGCGCAGGGCCAGACUGAAAGCUGAGACGCGGCUCAUGGAGUUUGAGUUGGAGAAUGCUCGUCUUCAUAGCACCAACCAGUCCCUGUCAGAGGCACUUGCAUCCACUGGCUUUACAUCUGCACCAGCGGCCGUCAGCGUUCUUGAGGACGAGGCUGUGCUGGAGAGCAUCGAAAACUCAUUUACUAAGUUCCAUGCUUUCCUGGAUCUCCUUAAAGAUGCUGGCCUGGGGCAGCUGGCCUCAAUGGCAGGAAUUGACAAAUCUGAUUUUCAACCUCUUGGAAAACCUCAGCUCUCGUCUACAAUAGGACCACCAAUGGAUGGUACGACUCAAAACGCAAAGGCAGAUGUUUCAGUCAUGGUGAGCAGCACACCCCCCGCUCACCCUAGUGGUCAUUUUGAAAUCUUCACUCCCACGUCGCUGCCUGCUAUCAGGGAGCCCCUGCAUAGACCCAGUAAGCUGGAUGUGACUUUCACUCAGGUUGCUGGAUCUGCAGUAGUCCCUGGAGUACAUGGAGAAGGGGAUCCAGAUCAAUAUUCCAAGCCUGUUACACAUGAGUCAGGCUCUGAGCGCAGUUUUGGUGGCCAAAAAUCUUUUGAAGGGCUUCCCUUUGGUAAAACCUUUGAGACACAACCAAGGCACACUAAGAGCAACAGCAACUCUCAGCGGAGUAACUCUCUUCAAAGUAAUGGUUCCCAUAGAUACAGCUUCAACAACAGCUACACUAACAGCGACGCCUCCAAUAGCAAAGGGUCUCAUGGUGGACUGUCUGUUAGAUCAAGUGUUAGUGAGGUUCUAAGUGACAAGGCAGAGUCACUGAGGUCAACGGGCUCAAAGAGAAGAGAAGGAGGAAGGCUCAUGACAGAAGGUCGAUCAGGGUCAGAGGGGUCUGAGGGGGGCAUCUAUCCUGGGAUGGAGAUCUUGGAGCAGGUCAGGUCUCUGAGCAGUCUGGGAGGGCAUUCAGAUCAUGAAUCCUUCUGAGGGACGAAUACUGAAAGCUGCAUGUCUUCAUGUUUCUUUUCAGAGCCUUUUUACACUAAGUCAAACACCAGAUAUACAAUCAUAUUUGUUGUUGUUUUUUUCAACUACUUAAAAUCUAAGGCAGCGUAGAAAGUCAUAGUAAGUCAAGUAUGCUGAAAAUUGCAAUACCAUUUUCUUACCAUACAGUAACAUGUUACCCUUUACUUAUAUAAUGUAAAAUGUCUUUUUUUCUGGUACAUUUUGCACUUAGGGUCAUGAGUCACUGUUUAGUUUUUGUAAAAUGUGAUGGUAGAUGUUUGUGGCCAGGCCAUCAAUAUAUUAAACCAUUUUAUUACAUUUUUGAAAAACUGCUUUUUAUGUGGUGGGUCUUUUCAUGAUUGUUUUGUAUAAUAUUUGUACUAAAAACCACAAAGUUACCUUAACAGAUAGUUGAAAGCGUCCUUUUUUAAGAAAUAAUCUUUUAUGACAUACAGUGCCUGUAAAAAGUGUGGAAACACCAAAUAUUUUAUGGCAAUGGCUACUGCCACAGUACUGUGGUACAAAAUAUUGGUUUGUCUAUAUCCACAGAGCCAAUCAAAUGAUCUGAAUUUUGCACUUGGAAUGUUGUUCCAGUGGCUGAUCUAUAUUACAUCAAAAACCCGAGCAAAUUCCUUAUAUGAGGCUAAACAGUUGUCACAUUUCAUGUUGUUUGUUUGUAUGCUGUAAGUGAAAGUGUGAAUAGGUGCUCAAACCAGUUUCCAGUAACUGGUACCCUAUCUUUUCCUGUAACCGGAUAGCACACAGCAUGUGCGAUGCAUAUUGAAACAGUACUGUGGCAAUAGCCACUUCGAUAUUUUUUUUUAAUUGUUUUUGAGAUAUAUGCAAGUUUUUUUGUUUAUAUUCUACUAGGUAAUGGUAUUCUUUAUUCGAGUGUAAAAAAGUAAAAUUACAUGAAAAUGUUUACAUCUACUUGUUAUCCUCCACAAAAAAUGUGAAUAACUUGAACAAAUAUGAACAACAUGAAAUGUCUCUAGAGAAGUAACUGAAUUUAACAAUAUCCUCCCUGUUACUAAAUGUUUUGUGUCUCUGUAGAUCUACUGUGAUCUGUCAGUUGUAAUGCACUUGUGUAAAAGAUAAGACAAGGCAUA